UGUCACGCACACCGUAUAAAAGAGAGACCCCUGUCCAUUUUUAUUGUACCUGGGAAAAUGGAAAUCGAGAGAAAAGGAUUUAGUUUGUUGGCAAUUUUCGUUCUACAAUGCAUAGCUGUGUGUGCACACGUAGAGGUCAACAGAAAAGCAGUUGGGAAAUUGGAGUCGAGACGUAUUCUGGAUGAACUGAGGAAAAGACAUACUUCACACGUGUUCAAGAGGUCAACUUCCGGUUUACGACAAGAAGAGGCAGAUAUUGACGAAUUGUUACUUCGUUCUUUAAACGAGGAUGAGGAAGCACCUAGUGGAGGGAACAGUGCGGACCAUCGCCAAACUGAGGACGGGGCCAAGCUCAUUGAAGAUGCUCUUAAGGGCAACGUUGACUCCAACUCUGAUGUCGUCAAUCUGCUGGAGAGUAUGUUUGUGGAUGAAGGAAACACGCACAAUGCACAUCCAGAUGGAAUUGCAGAGAUUGCUUCAAAGAAAGGGAAAGUGUAUGGUGAUACUCACGACAGUCACAGACUCACAAAACAAGAAAUGAAUGACCUUCAGGACAGUAGCACUGGGAGGAAAAGAAGGAAUUUUUUGACAUCAGCUCCACUUUGGGCAGAUAAAAUCAUUCCCUACACAAUUGCGAGCAGUUUAUCCGUCAAGCAGAGCAAUAUAGAUGUCAUUAAUAAAGGAAUAAAACAAUUUACGGACUACACAUGCUUAAAAUGGGUCCCUCGAGGUUCUACAGAAGCCAGCAAGGCCUCCUAUUCUACAUACAUCGAGUUCUUUUCAGGAAGUGGAUGUUGGUCAUAUGUUGGACGAGUUUUUAGAGAUAAACAACAAAUAAGUCUCAAGGACCCCGGUUGUGUUUCAGUCUCCACUACUGUGCAUGAAAUGACCCAUGCCAUUGGACAAAUGCAUGAACAGUCUCGCAGUGAUCGUGAUAAUCACGUCACUAUGUUGUGGGCCAACACCCAGGACGGAAAGGAAAACUUUAACAUGGCGAAGAGCAGCACACACGAUUACAAUCCUUAUGAUUAUGAGUCAGUUCUCCAGUACAGUUUAACGUCAUUCUCCAUAAAUGGCAAACCAACCAUGGAAUUUCGUGACCGUCGACUGGACUUUCUGGCCGAUUCAGCCACUGGACUUAUGUUCUAUGACAUUCAGGACAUUACUGAUGCAUACGAUUGUACUAAACCCUGUAAGGGUGCCAAUGGUAACACUCCCCUGAAGCAGUGUCAAAACGGAGGCUUUGUCAUCCACAACUGUAACUGUCAUUGUCCGGAUGGUCUUACUGGCACCCUGUGUGAGUCCGCUGCAACGGAUGCAGAGUGUGGCCCGGGCAUCAUUACUUUAGCCGAAGGGGAAACAAAAACAAUAACUUCACCUAAUUUCAAUAACGGAGGACCGUAUCCUACCGGGAAGAAAUGUGUUUGGUUAGUAAAGGUUCCCAAUGGAAAGAAUGUUGCCAUGACAAUAAAUGAAAUGGAUGUAACAACCAAUGGCGGAGCUUGUAAUCACUGGCUAGAAAUACAGUACAAUUUGAUUGGUCAGACAGGUCCUAGACGCUGUGGAAAAUUAUCCCACGAGACGUAUGUGACAUCAGAUUUUGGGGACCCCACAAUGAUGCUAUUAAAAUUUGACAGUGCAUUUGCUGCCUCAGCAACAGCUGGAAAGGGUUUCUCUCUAACUGUGACACCUGUUGGUGCAGGAUGUAAAUCUGCACCAUGUGUGUAUGGUACGUGUGCUGAUGUUGGUACAAGUGAUUUCAAGUGCACUUGUACUAAUGGUUACACAGGACGAUUGUGCGAUACUCUUGAAGGCACUGGUGACAUUUCGUGCAAUUUUGAAGGCAGUGGAUGUGUAUUUUCAAAUUCAAAGACACUUUCAUAUGAUUGGAUUAUAAAAUCGGGUUCAACACCCUCUGGCAGUACCGGUCCAUCCAGUGCUCAAAGUGGGUCUAGCUAUUUGUAUGCAGAAACCUCAUCCCCAGUCCCUAGUGGGAAUAAAUUUGUUUUUGAAACGCCUCUCUUGCAAGGUGUUCAGAGAUGUCUAACUUUCUGGUAUCAUAUGUACGGCUCUGACAUGGGAACUCUUAAUGUGCUUGUGGAUGGAAGCUCAGUUUGGACGAGAACGGGAGAUCAAGGGAACAGCUGGAAGAAGGCUGACAUUACUGUAGGAACCACAACAAAUUACAAGGUGGCUUUUGAAGCAAUCAAAGGAAGUGGAUACAGGAGUGAUAUAGCUAUUGAUGCCAUUUCAAUGACUGCAUGUGGAUCUUCAACACAAGCACCAACAACACAAGCACCGACAACACAAGCACCAACAACACAAGCUCCAACAACAAAAGCACCGACAACACAAGCACCAACAACACAAGCUCCAACAACAAAAGCUCCAACAACACAAGCUCCAACAACAAAAGCUCCAACAACAAAAGCACCAACAACACAAGCUCCAACAACAAAAGCACCAACAACACAAGCUCCAACAACAAAAGCUCCAACAACACAAGCACCAACAACACAAGCUCCAACAACAAAAGCACCGACAACACAAGCUCCAACAACAAAAGCACCGACAACACAAGCUCCAACAACAAAAGCACCAACAACACAAGCACCAACAACUAGACAGCCAACAACACAGCAACCAACAACUGACGUACCACCUUUAGUUGACCAAGACCUGCAUUGUACAUUUGAAGUUGGAACAUUUUGUUUCUUAGAAAAUGUAUUGGGAGACAAUUUCAACUGGACAAAUAGACAAGGUAGAACACCUUCGUCACAAACAGGUCCUACAUCAGCCUUUGAAGGGACCAGAUAUUCUUACAUAGAGGCAACAGGAAAGAGAAGAAAUGCAAAAGCCAGUCUUCAGAGUGCAACUGUUUCAACAAGCCAGCCUUUUUGCCUCUCCUUUGCUUACCAUAUGUAUGGCUCCAAUAUUGGCUCGUUGUCUGUCCUGAUGGUCUCCUCUACAACUUCCCUAACCUUAUUCGAUGAAAGUGGCAACAAGGGAAAUCAGUGGAACGUAGCGUACAUUUCUGUUCCACCAACAACUGGCCAGAUUGAGUUCACUGCAGUGCGUGGCAAUUCAUUCCGAGGUGACAUAGCAAUCGACGACGUUCACUUCCUGUCUGGAGACUGUGUGAUCCCUUCCACAACUACCCCCGCCCCAUUAACACUUCCACUCAGUUGCACUUUUGAGAGUGGAACGACAUGUUUCCUACAGGAUGUGACCUCGACAGACGACUUUAACUGGUCUAGGAGAAGUGGUAGGACACCUUCAGGACAGACAGGACCCACCUCUGCAUUUGAUGGAACCAGGUAUGCUUACAUUGAAGCAUCUGGGAAAAGAAAUGGUAAUACUGCUGUGCUAGAAAGUUCACCAGUCCUAACAGGUGAUCCAUUUAUGUGCCUGUCUUUCGCAUAUCACAUGUACGGCAGGAACAUCGGCUCUCUUGAGGUCGUAUACAAUGGCACAACCGUCUUUUAUGAGUUUGACAACAAAGGAAACCAGUGGAACCAGGCGGAAGUUACUCUUCUAGCAUCCCAGUCUUCAGCGUCACCGAUUCAGUUUGUGGGUACACGUGGAACUGGAUUUAGAGGAGAUAUUGCUGUUGAUGAUAUCCAGGUCACCACAGGGGAGUGUGUCACCGAUUGUUCCGACAAUCCUUGUGGACCUAACUCUGUGUGUGUGGCAGAUGCGGUCACCACGUACAGAUGUGAUUGUGCAACAGGCUUCACAGGAACUGCAUGCGAUAUUGUCAUGGGGCCUGUGUCCUGUACUUUUGAAGAUGGAGAGGACUGUUUCCUAGAAAAUUAUACAUUCGAUAAUUUUGACUGGACCAUUAGAUCUGGGAAAACACCUAGUGGCAAUACAGGUCCUAAUUCUGCCAUACAAGGAUCCAAAUAUGCCUACAUGGAGGCCUCAGGCCGCAGAAAAGAUCAAACAGCUGCUUUCAUCACCAAGUACAAAUUUGAAAGUGGAGAUAGGUGUUUAAUUUUCAACUACCAUAUGUUUGGAAGAGGAGUUGGUGAAUUAAAAGUAAUGCAAGAGUCCAUGUAUUCAGUGGAACUCUUUUCGAAAACGGGGCAACAAAGCAGUUCUGCAAAUGAUUGGCAAACAGAGGGGAUUGACAUCUAUCACGAUGCAAAUGACACGAUUGUUAUUGAAGCCAAAAGAGGGGGAUCAUUUGCGGGAGAUAUAGCUUUGGAUAAUAUCCGAUACAUUCCAGGAAGAUGCGGUUGUGAGGCAAUCUCGUGUUUAAAUGGGGGAACAUGUGUAGAUACUGCAGCAGGAGGGACGUGUCAGUGCGGUUCCAUCUUCUCUGGGCUCCGGUGCGAGAGUUACGUUGACACAAUUCUUUCCUGUACAUUUGAUGAUGGUGGAUCAUGCUUCUUGAGUGAUGUCACUAGUGGUGAUAAUAUGGACUGGCAAAGAACCAAUGUACGCACUCCGAGUGGAAACACUGGACCAGGAAGUCCUACAGAUGGAACAUAUGCUUAUAUUGAAGCUAGUGGGCGUCGAAGGGGCGCUAACGCCAUCCUUUCCUCUGAAAACACUGUUAUUCCUGAUGUUGGACCUCGUUGUCUUCGAUUCUUGUACAACAUGAAUGGACGUAACAUGGGAACGCUGAGUGUCUGGGCAGGGGAUCGUGGAUCAGAAAGCGAGGUCUGGAGUCUCUCUGGAGACCAGGGAGAUGUUUGGACCCCAGUUAGCAUUGACAUUCCAGCCUCGACCGACCUUGUGGUUAUGUUUAAGGGUAUUCGAGGUAAUGGUUACAGGAGCGAUAUUGCAGUAGAUACAAUCCUGCUGUUGAAUUCUGCUUGUUCAGGUGUUCCACUACCGGCAUAAGCAGCAUGAUGUCAAGACCAACAGAAUUCUCCACUACAUUGUAUCAUCAAACCAUUUCGUGUGAUUUCAUGCAAUUCAUGAUCCUCUGUGCAUUACAACGGAACAUUUUAACAAAAACUCUCUAGUGUAUGAUUGUGCCUAUUACAGAUAAUGCUAAAUGCUUUAUUUCUGAAUAAAAUGUUUGUUUUCAUA